GAGGAUCCAUUUGUUGAGCGAGUUGAUUUGGAUGAAUCAACAGUGAAUCCGCCGAACACACGCGUAGGUCCAGAGAAUUUCCAGCUGCUCAAAGUUCUCGGCAAAGGCGGCUAUGGAAAGGUAUUUCAAGUUAGAAAGACAAGUGGUCAAGAUAAAGGGAGGAUUUUUGCGAUGAAAGUGCUGAAGAAGGCAACUCUCAUUCGAAAUCAGAAGGAUACAGCGCAUACAAAAGCCGAACGGAAUAUUUUGGAAGCUGUCAAGGUGAAUAGCUCUUUGUUCUGUUUUGAAUUUGUUGAUGUAAGAGAAGCAUCAAUGCUGGCAUUGCAGAGCCCGUUCAUUUGCGAAUUGCUUUAUGCUUUCCAAACCGGCGGCAAAUUAUACUUGAUAUUGGAGUAUCUGAGUGGUGGUGAACUAUUCAUGCAUUUGGAGCGUGAGGGACUUUUCAUGGAGGUAAAGUUUUUGUUAUCAGACUGUGAAAUUUCUUGUAUUCACAUCUUUUUCCUUUUAUAA